CUUUCUACUGAGCUUACAUGAGGAAGAUGCAAGCACAGUAAAUUACUGGAAAUAUAUUCUGGCAUGUGUGAUGUUAGUUUCACUUUUUCAUAUCAGUAAAGCUUUUCGAAAGCUGACUUUUCUUGUCACCUCGAAAAUAUCAUAAACAAUCAUUGAAUAAUAAGUUACGACACUAUAAUUUAACGUCAAUUUUCUGCUCUUAAAAAUUUGGGAGCCACAAUCACCUGAGGAAGAACCUACUCAAGAUCUAACCCCAGUCUCCAUUUGCACCUUUUCGCACGCGUUUCUUUCCUUCAGGGUCGGAAAACGGUAAUUUUGACAAACUCCUGUUAAGAGAGAGUAACGUUCACUCACACUUCCAUUCCAAAAUAAAAGUGACUGAUUUCAUAUCAACGUUAUCUCUUUACCUCCAGAUCGUAAAACCCAAUAUUUCUGAAUAAAAUUAAUUCAUCUCUAAGAAAAACAGAUACCUCAUUCAGCAGACAUAAUCAGCGCUGUGCUUGAACUUAUGGACUCACUAAAAAUCUACAAUUUAGAACGUUUACAUCACAAGGGUCCAUAAAGUUCGCGCCGCGUGACAUUAGCUCCAUCCAUUUUCAGUCAGUCACGAAUAACGAUCACGACAUGCAACCAAAAUCACGCUAAAGAUUAAAAGGAAGCAAGUUUUCCUAAAUCGUCAAAGCAGCCAUCACCUCUCUCAACCACAGCUAGGAAAACAAUUUUCUUUUGUGACUUCGCCGUCAGGAACAACAUGUAUUUUUGCUGGUUGGUUGGUUCCGGUCUCCUCUCUGACUCAUGUUACAUCGAGCAUUACGUAUUCUAAAAAGAGUUGUUUAGAAAAGUGUCCUUGUGCCAGGACUAAUAAGCCGCGAAGAUGGAUGCUAAAGAAAACCUAGAACACAUUGCCUCCUUCGAUAUGGAAAGCAAAGAGACAUGGGCCCAAGACUGGGAAACCGACAACCCUGAAUUUCACACGGACGAAGUAAACGCCAUGUUGACAAAACAUCACGACGAAGUUACUCGUGGAAGAAAAAAUCUCCGAAUCCUGGUGCCCCUCUGUGGAAAAUCGUUGGACAUGAUCUGGUUAGCUGAUCAAGGGCACUCAGUGGUAGGCGUUGAACUGAUUCGAAAGGGAAUCGAGCUAUUUUACCGUGACAACAAGUUAACAUACAACGAGAAAUCUGUGUCAUUGCCUCCUGACAAUCACGGUACAGUUUUCAAAGCCAAUGGUAAGGAUAUCACACUGUUUGAGUGUAGUAUCUUCGAUUUCUCAGUCGAGAUUUCUGGAGGCCAAUUCGAUUUCAUCUGGGAUCGCGGAUCUAUGACCGCAAUCAACAUGAUGAAGGAGGGUCGACUCAAGCAGUACACAGACAUCAUGCUCAGCUGCCUCAAACCAGAUGGCCGUUAUUUUCUGGAGUUUUUUGCCCCUGAAUCUCCAGAGAAGACGCCGACGCAAUUUAAGUUUCUUUCCGAGAAGAGUUUAACAGAAAUGUUUGGUGAAAGGUGUACCAUUCUAUACCUUGGGAAAGAAGAUAUGCCGGCAUGGUCGGGGAGUGCAGACGAAGGAGCAGGUGUACAUGAACCGUGUGCUGAGUAUCAAGAUAUGAAGAUCGCGAUGCAUUAUUACUUGAUGGAUUUUAAGUAACUUUCAUUUUGAUUUGUAUUUCAUAGCCUGGGUUAGUCAGUGGAGUAAUGACGUUUGUGAUUUGGGCAGUUUUCUCAUUGUAAGAUGGCGUGACUGCCAACUUGUCUAAUUUAAUAAUUAGUAUGUAUAUCACUAAGAAUUGCAUAAAUUAUUCUUCUUUCACGACAUUUGCUCCCUCUUGAUGUAACAUUGAUUUGGAAUACAACAUGGUGCUAUCACA